AUGCCGAACGCUGAUGCUCUAUGGGUUGUUUUCUUUUGUAUCAUCGGGACUAUGCGUGUCGAGGGACGGCAGAUAGUGGUUGUAGGGGAUUUGCACGGGGACCUCAAUCAAACCCUCGCCAUAUUAAAGAUUACAGGGCUUGUUGAUGACCGCCAGCAUUGGAUUGGUGGUGAUAGUUUUUUUGUCCAGCUUGGCGACAUAUUCGAUGUGGGCCCGGACGACAUUUCGAUAGUUAAACUCCUGAUGAAACUUGAAAAGGAGGCACAAUCAGUGGGUGGGGAUGUUAUCGAGCUUUUGGGCAAUCAUGAGAUUCGUAAUCUUCUCGGGGACUACAGUGCAGUGGACCCCGGUAGCCUCGCGGGCUCUGGAGGUGUCAGUGGGCGCGAUCGUUUACUUUCCAACAGGACUUCUGUUGGCAUGUAUUUGCGUACAAGGAAAGCCAUUUUUCACCAUAACGAAUUUCUUUUCAUGCAUGGGGGGUUGUCAACUGCGACGGCGAGCAUUAUCACAGGUAUUGACAAAAUACAUGAGUUUAACAAGGAUUUGAGAAAGGCGUUAACGAAUGGUACGCUGACCCCUCUGGGAAGUACAGGCCUCAACCUCGCCGAAGGUGGUGGACAAGAAGUUGUGAACCCCAUUUUGGUUCGCUCAAUCUUGAACGUCCGCUGUAAAGACUUGAUAAAGGUUCUUCAAAAUAAAUUUGCCGGAAUUAAGUCUGUGGUGGUUGGCCAUGUGCCUCACAACCAUCAGGAUUUUAAGGAUUGGCGACUAUGCGGGGGCCAUUUAAUUGCUAUCGAUUUCGGUCUUAGUCGUUGGAAGAAAGGUGAUCCAGGGCACGUGGCCGCGCUGCAGAUUGACGAUACCACAGGUCACGUGCAGCUGCUUGAGUCGACGGUACGCUUUCCUGAAUUCAGCGCUGAUGAGCACCCCGUGGAUAGGCCGUUGAUUGGCAAGUGGUUUCCAGUGAUUGAGCGUGUAUCGGUCGUUGUCAUCAUUCUCGUUUCUUUGGUAUUUAUUGGGAAGUGGGCAGUAUCGUUUAUCUGCGGUGGUAAUGGCGGCACUCCCGGUAAUCGACGAUAUGGGACUUUUUCCCCUGUGUAG